UCUCAUUCUGAUGACGUGUACAAUUUCAGUUUACUGAGGAGCUGUCUGGUUUCGUAGAGGCGAUUUCUUUAAUAUCAGAAGCACGCUUCUUCCCGUCAAACAGGCUGGGAUCUUGGAUGGAGUGAGUGUUGAGCCCCAAUGAGAUGACUGACCAGGGCAACAACAACCAGAAUAUCUCCCGCAACCCCUUUGCUGCUCUCUUCAGCUCAGUCGCUGAUGCCAAGCAAUUUGCAUCUGGCCAGACACCCGAACAGUCUGCUGAACCAUUGGAGGACUCGGGAGAGAGCCAUUCAGAGUCAGAAAACUCUGUUUCGGACAGCGUUGAUGAAAAUGACGAUUCCGUGGCAGAGAUCAGUCGCUCCUUCCGGUCCCGGCAGGAACUGUGUGAACAGCUCAAUGUCAAUCACAUGAUCCAGAGGAUAUUUCUCAUCACUCUGGACAACAGUGACUCCAGUCUGAGAGGAGGUAAUGGGAUCCCCCCUCGCUGUGUUUACCUGGAGGAGAUGGCUGCAGAGCUGGAUGGACAGGACUGGCUGGACACGGAUAACAUAGAACAGGCUCUGUUCAACCGUCUGCUGGUGCUAGAGCCGGGGAACAACCUCAUCUACAUGACGUCGUGCAGCGCUGUCAACCUGUCAGCUGACCGCGACGCUGGAGACACGAGUGCCAUCCGUUACCUCUUCGCCUGUUACCAGAGGUCCAAAGAAGAGGUGACGAAGGUCCCGGAGAAGUUGCUGUCGUUCGCUGUACGCUGUAAGAACCUGACAGUUUCCAACACACGGACAGUUCUGCUCACCCCAGAGAUCUACGUCACACAGAACAUCUAUGAACAGCUUCUGGACUUGUUGCUGGAAGGUUUCCGCGCAGCACAGCCAGAAGAGGUGUUUGAGUUUUUGGAGGAGAUCAUUGCUGGCCUGCUCUCCGACCAGGAGGUGCGCACCUUUGGGGAGGUUAUAGUACCGGUGCUGGAUAUCUUCCAGGGACGCAUCAAAGACCUGGACCUGUGCCAGCCUCUCCUCUACUCCUACCUAGACGUCCUGCUCUACUUCAGCCACCAUAAAGAUAUUGCCAAGGUGUUGGUGGAACAUAUUCAGCCCAAAGACCCAGCUAAUGGUUUGCAGUACCAGAAGACCCUGCUGGGAACAGUGUUGAGUAUCUCCUGCUUGUUGAGAACCCCAGGUGUGGUGGAGGGACAUGGCUACUUCCAGAACCCCUCCCGCUCCAGUGCCCAGGAGACAAAGGUCCAGGAGGCCAACAUCCACCAGUUUAUGGGUCAGUUUCAGGACAAGCUUCACCAGAUUUUGAAAAACCUGCUCCAGCGAUCCAGUGAGACGCGUCACUUGCUGCUCUCGUGGUUGGGCGGCUGUCUGCAGGCUAACGCCGGCCGGGCCAAGAUAUGGGCCAAUCAGAUGCCAGAGAUCUUCUUCCAGAUGUACGCUUCAGAUGCAUUCUUCUUAAACUUGGGUGCAGCACUGCUGAAGCUGUGCCAGCCCUUCUGCCGGCCGCGGUCACCCAAACUCCUGACCUUUAACCCCACCUACUGUGCCCUCAAAGAGCUGAGCGAGGAAGAGAGGCGCAAUCGCAAUGUGCACGCAAGAGGUCUCGACAAGGAAACCUGUCUGAUCCCUUUGCCCCCCCAGCAGCCGGUGGAGUCUGCGCAGUCGUACAGCCUGCUGACCGAAAACCUCAUCCUCACACAACUCACAAUGCAUCUCGGCUUCCACAGACUCCACGAGCAGAUGGUGAAGAUGAACCAGUCUCUCCACCGGCUCCAGGUGACGUGGCAGGACGCCCAGCGAUCGGGCAACCCCAUGUCGGAUCAGCUGCUGGAGCAGUUUGAGCGUCUGAUGAUUGUUUACCUGUCUACCAAAGCUGCCACCACUCAGCCCACCAUGCUGCAAUGCUGCCUUAGCCUCCAAGCUUCCUCGGCUGCGCUGCUCGUUCAGCUGGGUGUGGGGAACCAGGGGCCUGAACAUGUAGCACUCAGUUUCCCCCUGCCCCCCCUACAGAACACUGUGCUCUGCUACGUACCAGAGUUCUUUGCAGAAAACAUGGGAGAUUUUUUCAUCUUCCUGCGUCGAUUUGCUGACGAUGUUUUGGAGACUUCUGCAGAAAGUCUGGAGCAGAUUCUUAACUUCAUCACUGUCUUCAUGGGAAACAUAGAGAGGAUGAAGAACCCUCAUUUAAGAGCGAAGCUAGCGGAGGUCCUAGAGGCGGUGAUGCCCCACAUGGAGCCGGUGGCUUCUGGUGCUAUUCAGCCAAUCGUGUUCCAGCGAGAGAGAGCCUUCUGCUCCUAUAGACACGCACCUCAGCUGGCCGAGGCCCUCAUCUCUGUGUUUGUAGACAUCGAGUUCACAGGUGACCCUCAUCAAUUUGAACAGAAAUUCAACUACAGGAGACCCAUGUAUCCCAUCCUCAAGUACAUGUGGACAAAAGAAAGCUACAGAGAGAGUAUCAAGCACUUGGCGCACUAUGCAUCUGAGAACCUGGAGGCCAUGAACCCCCCUCUGUUCCUCAGGUUCCUUAACCUCCUGAUGAAUGAUGCCAUCUUCCUACUGGAUGAGGCUAUUCAGUACUUGAGUAAAAUCAAGGUCCUUCAGUUGGAGCGGGACAGAGGGGAGUGGGAAAGCCUGGCCCCCGAUGCCCGGAGAGAGAAGGAGUCGAGCCUGCAGAUGUUGGGACAGCUGGGACGCUUCCACAACAUCAUGUCUAAUGAGACCAUCGGCACCCUGGCCUUCCUCACAUCAGACAUCAAGGGGAUCUUCGUGCACCCCUUCCUGGCUGAGAGGAUCAUCUCCAUGCUGAAUUAUUUUCUGCAGCACUUAGUGGGCCCUAAGAUGGGGGCCCUUAAAGUCAAGGACUUCAGUGAGUUUGACUUCAAGCCCCAGCAGCUUGUUUCUGACAUCUGCACCAUCUACCUGAACCUGGGUGAUGAGGAGAAUUUCUGUGCUACAGUCCCAAAGGAUGGACGGUCGUACUCUGCCGCCCUCUUCUCCCAAACAGUGAGGGUGCUGAAGAAGAUAAACAAGCCUGGGGACAUGAUCGUGGCGUUUGGACUCCUUGCUGAUAAAAUAAAGCCCCAUGCAGACAGACAGCAGCAGGAAGAGGAGACGUAUGCCGAUGCCCCGGAUGAGUUCCUGGAUCCCAUCAUGUCCACUCUGAUGCUCGACCCGGUCCUCCUCCCUUCCUCCAGUGUCACAGUUGACCGCUCAACUAUAGCAAGGCAUCUCCUCAGUGACCAGACAGACCCUUUCAACCGCAGUCCUCUGACCAUGGACCAAAUCAGGCCAAACGAGGAACUCAAGCAGCAGAUCUUACAGUGGCUGGAUAAGCAUAAGCAGGAGAGGCAGCAGCUGGGACCCAGUGGCUAGCCGCGAAUCCUCGCUGUGAUAAACAAUGACUGCAUCCCUGUUUUCUUUCACAGCUUACAUCUAGCGUGCUCCUCUGCUUCUUGUCUAAUCCAUGGUGUGCUUGCCUCUGUGGAUUUCUUCAGACUAACAUUGUAUUAGCCUUUACAUGCAGCCUUCACACUCCGUGGAUUCCCUCUGUGAAAAACUGUCCAGGCAAAACUGUAGCCCACAGGCUGGUGACGACUUCAAAAUCCAUACCAACCCACGCAGUAGCUGUUUGAGUCCCAUGAUGCCCCGUGGUACCAUGAUGCACCCGCUGGUCUCUCUCCCUGAAUACUGUGUAUUAAUUAGCUCAUUAUUACAAUCAGAACUGUGGCCAGAAGCAUCAGUUUCAACAGGACUUGUUGAAUGUACUGAAUUAACUCCUGACUGACCAGCCGGCCCAAACCAGAUUUUAUACUGCAAGGUGAGUAUUUUGGGGAACUGUUAAAGCCGAACAUGGAGGAAAUGGUUAGGAUUUGAACUUCAUGAAAGAAAAAACACUGCCUCUUAAAGUUCUUGAACACCCAACGUUUCAGCAUAUUAGGUUAAGUCUCAAGCAGAAUUGUAAAUAAAAUUAGCAAUUAAAGGCAACAGCAAAGGUAAAACUGAA